AUGUCUGAAAACAUUCUUUUCGAGAACAGCUUCAAGAUCACCGACGUCAACAGCGCAAAGUACGACCGGGUAUCGCGCAUCAAAGCCUACAGCGAGGGCGGCCAGGAAGUUCUCCUUACUCUCGAUAUCAACAGCGAACUCUACCCGCUCAAUGUGGAUGAGCGCAUGACCGUCGCACUGGCGCUGUCGCUAAAUCUCGACGGAAGCAAGGACGACGGUAAAGGCUGGAGAGAGGUCGGGAGAGGGGAACAAACGUUGGCGGAUGAGUUCGACUAUGUGUGUCAUGGGAAGAUUUACAGAUUUGAGGAAGGCAACGGAGAGAACAUCAAGGUGUAUGUCUCUUUCGGCGGUCUGUUGCUCUACAUGGACGGCCCUUACGCCCUUCUCAACGCGCUCAGAAUCGACUAUGUCUACUUGCUGAUCAAGAAAUAA